CCGUAGAUUUCAAGACUAAUUACAACUUUUCAGAUUGUUAUUGAUCAAUAUAAAGUUGCUAGAGCUGUUCGUUUCGAACGUUUCGGUCAAUCUUACAUUGUUUAUGCCAGAAAGGAAGUCAUUUUGUCUGCAGGCGUUGUUAAUUCUCCACAACUAUUGAUGCUGUCAGGAAUCGGUCCUAGAGAAGAUUUACACAGACUUGGAAUUCCCGUUGUUUCUGAUCUGCCAGUCGGAUAUAAUCUGCAGGAUCAUGUAUUUACAUACGGAAUGGAUUUCUUAGUUAAUAUUCCCUUUAGUCACGUACUUUAUCGUUAUUUUAAACCAAUAAACAUUGCCCGAUAUUUAAAGUUUAAUAAAGGAAUUUUGACUGUACCUGGAGGCCUAGACCUUAUAGGAUAUAUUGAUACGAAGUAUGCAAAUAAAUUAGAUGAUCAUCCCGAUGUCGAGAUCAAUUUUCUUUCUUCCACGCUAGCAUUUGAUGGAGGAAAAAUUACGCUUCCAAUUCUUGGACUUAAAAGAGAGAUAUGGGAGCGUUGUUAUAAACCAUUCUCUUUCAAAGAAUCAUUUGCUAUAAUACCCAGUUUGCUUCAUCCUAAGAGUCGUGGAUAUAUAAAAUUAAGGAGUACAAAUCCUCAUGAUCAUCCCAUCAUCCAGCCUAAUUAUUUAUCUCGUUUUGAAGAUAUUCUUGUUUUAGUUGAUGCCUUGAAGGAAGUUCUCAGGCUCGGUAACUCCAUUGCUUUAAAGAUAUAUGGCGCUCGAAUAUUUCCUAGAAGAAUACCUGGAUGCGAAAAAUAUGUGCAAUUUAGUGAUGAAGAUUUGCACUGUAUAAUAAGAACUUUAAGCACGACUGCAUAUCAUCCGGUGGGAACAUGUAAAAUGGGUGCAAUUGAAGAUCCAACGACAGUAGUGGAUCCAGAGCUAAGGGUUAAAGGAGUAUCGAGAUUGAGGGUUGUUGAUGCAUCAAUUAUGCCAACUAUUAUAUCAGGAAAUACGAAUGCUGCUGCAAUCAUGAUCGCUGAAAAAGCAUCUGAUAUGAUACGCAAUACUUUGUAUUUUUGGUAGCAAAGUUAGGAAAUAAUUUUAUUAUAAUCUUAAUAUAAUACGAAACUGCAUCAGGGUUUAAUUCCUCCGAUGAGAACAGAACAGUUUUUAACCUCUUGAAGAGAUUUAAAAAGUACUGUGUUAAGAAGAAUCGCAUUUGAGAUUGAUCUAAUUUAUAUUAUUGUAUCUUAAUUCCAGUGACUGUAAGUGGCUUUCACAGAAAAAGUUGUCCUGGAAAACAGGAGGUAGCUAAAUCAAAAUGACCCCCCAUUUACUGUCGUUAUCCUCAGAUCGGAAAGGUCAUUGUAAAAUCACCAAUAAGUCAAUUAAUUAUUUAAAAAAGAAAUAUGACCAGUUACCAUUCCGGAGACUAUAGCUUCAUUUGGUGCCAGAUGAACAGAUAUAGGGAUAAAUUUAUCUAACUUAAAAAAUUCAGCAACGUACUUAACUUUCCAGGCAAUAUUUGAAACUGCGUGCGUUAUCUGUUAUGAUAUUUUAUUAUUAAA